CCUUCCCUCGCUUGGUACCGGUCCGGGUUUCCAGUGGACGCUGCGCUGCAGACCAUGGUGAGGAAGCCGUCGACGCGGCGGAGAUUGGUGAGCGUGACGAGCAGACUCACAGUAAAGGCGACGAGAGCAGACGACGGGAAGCAGUACACAUGUCGAGCCCUGCACCCCGCGCUGCAGCACCCCGCCUUGCCUCUCGCCGCCUCCGUCACCCUCUCCGUCCUACACCCUCCCGACCCGCCAGUCAUUACUGGAUACCGUACCGGGGAGGUGCUGGCGGCGGGGGAGCGGCGCACCCUCACCUGCCGAGUGGUAGGGGGCAACCCGGGCCCGUGGGUCACAUGGUACUGGCAUCAAGUCCUGCCCAACAACACGGUCCGCACGCAGGCCAGGAAGAGCGUCCACCUCAAUGAGAAGACAAGCAGCAGCGGUCUGAGGAGCCGCGGUGCCACCGUGACGCAGCAGGUGACGGCCUCCAGGACAGAUGAUGGGGCCAAGUACGAGUGCCGCAUCACCAGCGACCAGCUCAACCGACCUUACUCCACUAACGUCACUCUCACUGUGCACUACGCGCCGGCGCAGGUGCGGGUGAGCGGGCCCAGCGUGGUGACGAUGGGACAGCGCUACACUCUCACCUGCCUCACCACCCCCGCUAACCCCCCCGCCUCCCUCACCUGGAUCCUGGACGGUGAGCAAGUGAACACAACGACAACAACGGUGACGAGGGACGAUGGGGGAGGCUGGAUCACGUCUUCGGAAUUGAGCGGCAAAGCGGGGCGGGCCAGCGGCGUGCGGAUGGUGCGGGCCAGGUGCGAGGCGAAGCAUUUGGAGUCUUCUGGCAUCCUCACCCAUUCCCGCAACAUCACCAUCUUGCGUCCCCCGGGGCAACCAGUGGUGGAGCUCAAUGCCAAGGGUCAGGUGGGUGGCGGGCAGCCUUGUGGAAUUCACGUGUAUCACCAAGGGAGGACACCCACCCCCUAAGGUCAGGCUGUACAAGAGCGACAAAGAACUGACGGCGCAGACAGCUGUGCGGGGCGGCGUGACCAAGGUGACGGCCACGCUGACAGCGGCUCCGGAGGACAACGGGGCAAGGCUGCGAUGUGAGGCCACCAACUCCGCCCUUCCCGCGCCCCUCACCGCUGUCACCACCCUCAACCUUCUCUUUCCUGCGUGGGAGGUGCGGGGCUGGGCCAACCCUCGCAGCGUGGAGGUCGGCCAUGUGGUGACCCUUACGUGCGAAUCUUCUGCCAGCGUGCCUCCUUCUACCAUCACCUGGCACACCUCCAGCAACGCCCUCGCCCAGCCCUCCUCCAGGCAGUCCCCAGGGAGCUUCGGCGGAACGGUCACCAGGUCUGAGAUGCGUGUUCGAGUGAGCGCCGAGGACCAGGGUCGCGUGGUGACUUGCGAGGCCGACAACGGCCUGGAUGUGACGGUGGCGACCAACAUUACGCUGGACGUGCUGCACGCCCCGGUGUGGGUGGAGGCCCCGCGAGGCAGAGUGGACGCCGUGGAGGGGGACAACCUCACCAUCAUCGCCAAGGCCCAAGCCAACCCAGGUCCUGUCAAGUACAAGUGGCGGCGAGGGACGGAGGAGAUCGGGAACGGCACGGGCGGGGACGGGGCGCUGCGAGUGGGGCCCCUCCACCGCCUGCACUCCAACAACUACACGGUCACCGCUACCAGCCCCCGCGGGACCGUUGCCUCCAACUUCUACCUCAACGUACAGUACGGGCCGGAGCACAUCGAGACUGAGAGGCGCGUCAAUGUAGCCCGAAACAAGUCUGCCACGGUCCCCUGCUCCGCCUCAGGGAACCCCACGCCAACCAUUACCUGGACCAAGAAGACCAGCAACGUGACGGGGGGCGUUUGCUGGCGGAGGGCGUGGGGGAGGCGCACCUGGUGGUCAAGAUGGCAUCACCUGCGGACACGGGCGUCUACCUGUGCCAAGCCUCGAGCCCUGUGGCCCGCCGCUCCCCCCGUGCCCUCGACCAUAGUGGUGGAGCAGGCGCCGUGGUGGAGCAACCGUCGCCCUGAGGAUGUGGUGGGUAGCUCGUGGGCGCCUCUGGGUGGGAGUGGGGUGCUUGAAUGCCAUAUGAAGGCCCACCCGCCGCCCACCUUCCACUGGGCUACCCGGGACGGAAGGACGAUCACCCCCAGCAGGAAGUACACCUUUCUGCCGCCCAAGCUGGUAGACGGGGUAGUGGAGUGGUCCUCAAGAUUAGAAGUCCGCAGCGUCACUCCCGAAGACUACACCACCUACACGUGCACGGCCACCAACGCUCUGGGAAAACACACGUCAACACUCACCCUCACCCCGCCAGUCCCGCCCGCCACUCCCAGACACCUUGCCGUAGCCAAUGUGACCACGGGGGAGGUGUUGCUGGUGUGGCGGCCAGACCUCAGCCGCAGCACCCCGGCCGGCUACCUGGUCAACGUGUGGCGAAGCAGCGAGACGGGCGUACAGGUCCUGAACGUGUCUGGCAGCGAGAGGACGAGCACGCUGGUAGGGGACCUCUCGUCGGGCACCGUCUACUCCUUCACCGUGCAGGCGUUCAACCCUCAGGGCGUGUCAAGGCCGUCCGUGCCUCCACUCACCGCCACCACGCUGGGUACGCCUCACCUUAAGUCUGUCACUCACUGCGGUGGCUUCAUGCUGCGGUGUUCGGUUCACUGCCUAUGGGUUGUGAGUUCGAUCUGGCUCAUGGCAAUUCCCCGGUGGGAAAGGUCUCGCUGUCUUGUUACCAUAAACGAUGUUGAGUUGCAGCGCCGCAACUCAAUUGUGCCCACUUCAACUCUUUACCUCUUAUACUGCAUCUCACUCUACAUCCUCCAUCGUCUCCCUCCGGCAGGAGUGGCGGAGAGUGCCAGCAGCAGCAGCAGCAGCAGCAGCGGCAGCGGUGAGGGCGGAGGUGCAAACGGAUCACGAGUGCCGCGCCUCAUCCUGCUCAUCAUGACGCUGGCAGGGACGGCGCUGCUCGCCCUCAAUAUCGCCAUUAUUGCCUGCUUUGUCCGGCGCCGAGCAGCGCACAACAACCGUGGGGUGUCCGCCUCCUCCAGCAAAACCACAACGCUGGAGGUGUUCUCGCCCGCCACCACGCCCGGCACCACGCAGGGCGACGAGUUGCCCAUCACCUCCACCAAGGGCCUCACCGCCAUCACUAGGCAGUGCGUGGAGGGACAACCAAGCCUAGGAGACACGGAGCAGACUAGCCUCUUUCAUAGUAACGACCACGGCGGACCUCUCGCCGCCCCACUGGACCCAGGCCUCUCUGCCACCGCCCCCAGGCCAGGGUAUAGAAACGGCAGCAGGAGUCACCAGAACGGCGGACUGUAUAUGCAGAAGUACCGCGAAGACACCCCGUAUUACUACUCGCCGCUGCCACAGAACCAUAGCGUGUCUGGGGAGGAGGGCGUGAUGGCACGGCCAGGCAACCCCCCAGACGUGUGCCCCACCACCUCGGACUCCCGGGGCACCCUCACACGCCGUUCCCAUCGUUCCCACCCCGAGGGGCAGAGCCAGCGGCAGCAGCAGCAAGCACCGAAGCAGCAGCAGCAGCAGCAGCAGCAGCAGCAGCAGCAACAACAACAACAAAAGCAGCAGCUAAAGCAACAGCAGGUGUCAGACAUGUACCCCAUGGAGCCGCUGUCAGCCCCCACCGGAGGGUACUUCCACGCCGUCACUGACAAUCCGCGGCGACACUCUGUGGACGAGAAGCGACGUCCAGGAACCCAGCCAAGCCACCACCAUCACUACCAUCACCAUCACCCGGAGCAGCAACUGCUACAGAACCGCGGCUCGCCCAGGACAUCGGAGGGGCACGAAGGCAGCCGCCGCCAGCACCACCUCCACAACCUGGAUCAGUUCAACGCGUACAGCCAGAACCACCGUGAAAUCACAGCAGCAAACACAGGCGUGGCGGGGAGCUACGCUACUCUUGGCCCGCGGCGCCUACAUCACCAGCAACAGCAACAGCACGCAGCGGCAACGCAGUUCUCCACGCUGCAGCGUCCACUCUCCAAGGCCACGCCGGGCCCUCACAACGGCCACAGGGACCAUCACCACCACCACGACCAGCGGACAUCAGAGGGCACUGACGGGGCUGGGACGACGCAGGACGACAGUGGGUCAUCAGGGUACGGCGGCAGUCCUCGCCAAGAAGUAGGUGGAACCUCCGGAGGUGGUGCGGGGGCGCUGGCCUGUCCCCAACCCGCCGACGCAGCCUCCACCUCUGCCACCACCUCGACGCUCAGUAGAACUCGGUCUUCCAGUGACCACUCCAAGAAAGGGAAGGGCGACUUGCCCGAGCCGAGGGAAGGCGUUGGGCAGGGCAAGUGAAAGCCGUGUCAGCCUGUCAGCUGAUCUGCGAUAAGACAACAAAAUUCAAGGCCGGGCUGAGAGUUGGGAGGCCCAUCACUCUCAAACCCUCACGGACUUCCCCACUGCAUCGCCGCCUCCUCCUACUUUUCCUACUCCUGCUGCCGCUGUUGCUGCUGCUGCUGCUCCUACUGCCGCCGCCGCCGCCGCUGCUGCUGCUACCGCUCCUCCACCACGAAUCAACGAUCAUCCACCUGCGAUAUGUUCUGUCUCCCGCGAGCACGGAUGAGAUGAAGUGCAGGACGCGUAAUUCGAGGACACUGGUCAAGACAGACCAAGAGAGAGAGGCGAAUGUUUGUGUUUUGUAUCAGUCAUCCAAGGGCGGGAGUCCGUGUGGGCCUCGCCGUACAUACAUAGCUUUAAGGCAACGUCAAAAGAGCUUCUUGAUUGCUGUUCCCAUACCACCAGUCACCCUCUCGCCCGCCGCCCUGACUCCUCCUCCCCCUCCUCCUCCUCCUCCUCCUCCUCCUCCUCCUCCUCCUCCUCCUCCUCUUCAUCCUCUACAAUCUACAUCCCAAUCCCGUCUGCCUCGCCCUCCUCCCUCCCUACUCCCUCCUGUUGAACAUGUGUCGUGAAAUGUUCAUAUUUUUGUAAAUGUGUGUGUGUUAGUGGUAGGUUGUGUGUGUUAGCGUUAGGGUGUGUGUGUGUGUGUGUGUGUGUGUGUGUGUGUGUGUGUUUGUGGGUGGGUGGG